AUCAUUAGUAACGUGACUACUGUAGCGCCAACACCUUCAACUACUCGUUCCGACUACUAAUCUCCGCAACUACCGGUUAUUUUUAUUAGAUAAAAUGCGCUUUUUUGUCGCCACGAUGUGGCUAUUGCCACUCUUCUUCGCCUUUUCCACGGCACAGCGCGGUUUUAAUCCUUUCGGCAGAAUUCCUGAUCCUGUGCAAGCAGCCGUUAAUACUUUUAACAGUUUCACAAACUCUAUUCCGAAGGUUGAUGCUCAAAGUUAUGGAGAUUUUUUGGCACAAACUGGCAAGGACUUAGUCGAUAGCGCACGUGAAGCUAUAUUUUUGGAUCACAAAAAAUUGGUUGAAAAUGUCAAUGCGGGAUCGUCGGGCUUCAAGUGUGUACUCAACGCUUUUUCCGAUUUAACUAAAUUGGAAUUUUUACAGAGACUCACGGGUAACAAGAAAUCAGCUAGUGGCGAAUCAAAGGCCAGCGCAAAUCGUCAAGAGGCUGUACCACCGACCACAAAAGUGCCAAAUGCUGUUGAUUGGCGUCAAAAAGGUGGCGUUACGCCAGUAAAAUAUCAAGGUGAAUGCGGCUCAUGUUGGGCUUUUGCCACCACCGGUGCUAUUGAGGGUCAUAUUUUCCGUAGUACUGGCAAAUUGCCAGUGCUAUCCGAACAAAAUCUGAUCGAUUGUGGGACCGUAGAUUUCGGUUUAGCCGGUUGUGAUGGUGGUUAUCAGGAAUAUGCCUUCGCUUUUAUCAAGGACGAACAGAAGGGUUUAGCACCUGGCGGCUCAUAUCCAUAUUUGGAUAAGAAAGACACAUGCAAAUACAGUCCGGCUAGUAAGGCAGCAGAAGUGAAAGGUUUUGCUGCGAUCAAACCGAAAGAUGAGAAAACUAUGAAGGAAAUUGUUGGUACCUUGGGCCCCUUGGCUUGUUCGGUGAAUGCUUUGGAAACACUUUUACUCUACAAAGAAGGCAUUUACGAUGAUGCAGAAUGCAAUAAAGGCGAAGUGAAUCAUGCUGUGCUCGUGGUGGGCUAUGGCAGUGAGAAAGGCAAGGAUUAUUGGAUUGUGAAGAAUUCAUGGGACAAGAAUUGGGGCGAAGAUGGCUACUUUAGAUUGCCACGUGGCAGUAAUUUCUGUGGUAUCGCCGAGGAAUGCAGUUAUCCACUUGUUUGAAGUUUUUAUAUUAGUUGAAUGUACACUGCUACAAAGAAUAAAUGAAAGUUGAAUAUAUUUUGGAA